UACGCGUUUCCUGCCCGCAGCGAUCUGCUCCGGUGCGGUCGGGUUUGCUGGAGAGGAGCUUUGCCAGCAGCCUUCGCACUGAAUAAUUUCAGGCUUCGGAUACAGUAACAGCGAUAAAGACAGCUCCCGUCGCGCAGGCACUGUGAAUACAUUUUUUGCCUGUCGGCAGAACAAAGUGAGCAGCGAUACAAUUACUCUGCCCAGAACUCAUCUGUGCCGCGCAAGGGGCGGCCUCACAGAGCGGCGCCAGGGGAGGCGGUCCCGGCCCCACCUCCGGGCGGGCGGUGACGGCCAUCGCCGGGGGCGGCCCCGCAGCAUGGCCGGGCUGAUCGACUUCGGGGACGAGGAGGAGGUGAGGAGCUAUCUGGAGAACUUGCACGUCGAGUACAGCUACCAGUGCUUCAAGGGGAAGGACCCCGAAGGCUGCCAGCGCCUGGCCGACUACCUGGACGCCGUCAAGAAGGACUUCGAGGCGGCCGCGCGGGUGCUGAGGGACAACUGCGAGGUGUACGGGCACAGCGAGAGCUGCUACAAACUGGGGGCCUACCAGGCCAUCGGCAAAGGUGGACUCGCUGCAGACUUGAAAGCUGCCUACAAGUCUUUCCUGAAGUCAUGUGAGAAAGGCGGGAAGAAGUCGGUGAAUGCCUGUCACAGCGUUGGGCUGCUGGCCCACGAUGGGAGAGUCAAUGGUAAACCUGACCCAGUUGUUGCUAGGGACUAUUACACAAAAGCCUGCGAUGGCAGCUUUGCUCCUAGCUGCUUCAACCUCAGUGUAAUAUACCUCCAAGGAGCAGCUGGGAUCCCUAAGGACAUGAACCGUGCUUUGAAGUACUCGCUGAAGGGCUGUGAGCUGGGUCACGUAUGGGCUUGUGCCAAUGCCAGUCGAAUGUACAAACUGGGAGAUGGUGUUGAGAAGAAUGAUGGCAAGGCGGAGGAUUUGAAAAACAGGGCAAAACAGUUGCACAAAGAACAGAAAGAGGCCUUGAGUUCUUUAACGUUUGGGGAGUAAAACUGUCACAGUUGAGACUGCAGCUUUAAGUGGCAGGUGAACUUACAUUUUAAAUCUCAUGAACACACAGUUUUCACUCAAUAAGUAUCUUGGAAGUAUUUGUGUAUGCAAAUACAUGUAUAUUUUUGUGGAUGCAAUAAACAUGACCAACUCAGUGGCUUUCUACAUUUUUAAAUA